GCCACAGUGCCACAGCGUGCGUGCGUGCUCUCGUCGACCGACCUCUGGCCAUGGGUGCUCUUCGACGUCAACAAUGGCUCAAUGCCGCAUUUGUGCUCGCCGUGCUGCUCCUCGCCCAGGCGGAGGCGCGCGGGGUGACGAGCGCGUACCGGCGGAGGCUGGAGGCGGCCGAGGACAUGCCGCUGGACGCCGACGUCUUCGCCGUGCCGCCCGGGCACAACGCGCCCCAGCAGGUGCACGUCACGCUGGGCGACCAGGCCGGCACGGCCAUGACUGUGUCGUGGGUGACGGUCGACGAGGUCGGCAACAGCACCGUCAUGUACGGCCGCGCCAUGGGCAGGCUCGACAUGGCGGCCGAGGGCACGCACACGCGCUACAAGUACCACAACUACACCUCCGGGUUCAUCCACCACUGCACGCUCACCAACCUUGAGCAUGGCACCAAGUAUUACUACGCCAUGGGCUUCGGCCACACGGUGCGGACCUUCUGGUUCACUACCCCUCCCAAGCCCGGCCCGGACGUACCCUUCCGGCUGGGCCUCAUCGGCGACCUGGGCCAGACGUCCGACUCCAACAGCACACUGACCCACUACGAGGCCACCGGUGGUGACGCCGUGCUCUUCAUGGGCGAUCUCUCCUACGCCGACAAGCACCCCCUCCACGACAACAAUCGUUGGGACACGUGGGGCCGCUUCUCCGAGCGCAGCGUCGCCUACCAGCCAUGGAUCUGGGUCACCGGCAACCACGAGGUCGACUACGCACCGGAGCUUGGAGAGACGGCGCCGUUCAAACCCUUCAGCCAUCGGUACCCGACGCCGCACCGGUUGAGCGGCUCGCCGGAGCCCUACUGGUACUCGGUGAAGCUCGCGUCCGCGCACAUCAUCGUACUGUCCUCCUACUCCGCGUUCGGCAAGUACACGCCGCAGUACAAGUGGCUGGAGGCGGAGCUGAAGCGCGUGAACCGGAGCGAGACGCCGUGGCUGAUCGUGGCGUCGCACUCGCCGUGGUACAACAGCUACAACUUCCACUACAUGGAGGGCGAGCCGAUGCGCGUGCAGUUCGAGCAGUGGAUCGUAGAAGCUAGGGUUGACUUCGUCUUCGCCGGGCACGUGCAUGCAUAUGAGCGUAGCCACCGGGUGUCCAACAUCAAGUACAACAUCACAGACGGGAGGUGCAAGCCGGUGCGGGACCGCCGUGCGCCCGUGUACAUGACCAUCGGCGACGGUGGCAACAUCGAGGGGCUUGCCGACAGCAUGACGGAGCCGCAACCGAGCUACUCGGCGUUCCGGGAGGCUAGCUUUGGGCAUGCCUUGCUGGACAUCAAGAACCGCACGCAUGCUUACUACGCCUGGUACCGCAACGCCGACGGCGUCAAGGUCCCCGCCGACACCAUGUGGUUCACCAACCGCUACUACAUGCCCAACCACGACGACUCUCGUUGAUUCGUUUCCAUGUUAUCAAGCAUAUUAUUACUUACUGAUAAUAAGGCUGAUGGAUUUGUUGCCAUAUAUGUAUGUGUGUAUUUACUUUCACAAAAAUGAUGUAUAAACAACUCCUAAUUCAUAUGGUUGAAUAAUCUUUAUGAUAUAAAUGAGACACG